UUGCAUUUUAUAGCAGUGAGCCGGAAUAAUUUCGAUGGUGUACUGUGCUAACUUUCUCCUCUUAUGGUCUGGUAGCCCUGAUGUUCGAAAGGUAGCUGUCUCCUGGCAGUAUUGGAGUAGUAAGUAACUCCGAGCAAGAUUUCCUUUGCAAUCAAGUAAACAUUGUCGCCAAUCCAGCCAAUGAUGUUACCAAUAUCGCAUGUUGAUAUGAAUAUAUCUUUGCCAAGUGAAAGCAUCAACAUGGGAUACAAAUGCUACGCAUACAUACAUGUAUACAUGUAUACAGGCUACGCAAGAACCUAGCUCACAACGUGCGCGGUACGAGAGCUGCCGUUGGACAAGAUUGUUUCAAGCCACGUCCCUCUCCCCUCCAAAGCACAAACGACGUCAUUGCUGCUGCAUGAUAUUGAUUACCUAUUUUUCUUUGCCGAAGGAAAAAAAAAGCAAACAUAGCCAUCCUCUCUUCCCUUUAAAGUCCGACCGUGCGGCACUGCGGGCUUAUGGAGGAGCAACAGCAACCACCACCACCACCACCACCACAACAACCUCAACGACAGCCGCAGGAGCUCGUACGCACCGCCAGCACCGAUGCGCCCCCGUCAUGGCACCCCCAUCUGCUGGGCUCAGGAGCCGGCAGCUCCACGCCGGCCGCCAGCAGAAAGGCCCGGACGUCGGAGCCAGAGAUGGGCGGCGGCAGCGUCGAGCGAUCUAGUGUGUCGAUGCCACCGCCCGCCUCCAAAUCCCUCCCGAGGCAGUAUCCAACCCGCCGCCCCUCCAAAUCCUCCGACCUGAGCACCAUCUCCACCGCCGUGGACGACUCUCAUUUGCAUCCAGACCCGCCCCAGCGCCCUGCCAAUCCCUCUGUCCCUUCUGCCUCGACCCUGGCGCCGCUGACGGACGCUCGGCACACGCGAUCAGAGCCUGACGUCGAAACAAACCGCCUGUCUUUUUCCUCCCUAUACUCGAUUUCCUCCACAAACAUCUACCCCCACAAUACACGCAGGAUGAGCACAACCCUGUCUGCCGCGGGCUCCGAACCAGACGGAACCACCACAGCGACGUCGUCUGUUUCCGUCACCACCAAUAGUCACGGCAGUCUGAACCCAAAGCUGUCUCCUUCUCCUACGCAAAUGCUCUUUCCCCCCGACCAGCAAACCGCGCCCAAUCCAAAUAUGAGUCCGAAUCCCAACGCCUCCCCGAAUCCGACCUCAAACCCCGCCCAACCGCCCACGCCCACCCUCACUCAACAGCAUCCUCAGCCACCCAUUGCUAUCCCUCGCCGCUCAAGAAGCCGUACCGCCGCCCAACGUCGUAUCAGUGGAAGCACAGCAGCCAGCAGUCCUGGCAGCAGAGAAAUGCGUGAGCCUAGGGAGCCCAGGAAGCCCACCAAGGGCAUCAUUGGUGUCUGCGCACUCGAGUCCAAAGCCCGAAGCAAGCCUGCAAGAAACAUCUUUGGUAAGCUGGUCGACAACUUUGAAGUUAAGAUCUUCGGCGACAAGAUCAUUCUGGACGAAGAUGUCGAAAACUGGCCUGUUUGCGAUUUCUUAAUCUCCUUCUUCUCGGAUGGCUUCCCUCUGGACAAGGCAAUCGCCUAUGUGCGCCUUCGCAAGCCUUUCUGUGUCAACGAUCUGCCCAUGCAGCAGGUACUUUGGGAUCGCCGCCUGUGCUUGAUGAUUCUCGACCAGCUCGAUGUACCUGCUCCCAGGCGUGUUGAGGUCAAUCGAGACGGUGGACCGAAAUUGCAGAAGCCCGAACUGGCAAAAAUUCUCAAAGAGAAGACAGGCGUGACCUUGAAUGGUCCUGACGGCACUGGAGGUUUUACAAAACCGCCAAAGGUGGUUGAAUUGAUUGACGACAACAACACCAUCCGAGUGGACGGCCAGACCCUCACCAAGCCUUUCGUGGAGAAGCCGGUGAGCGGUGAGGAUCACAACAUCAAUGUCUACUACCACAGCCGGGACGGUGGAGGCGGCCGCAGGCUUUUUCGCAAAAUCAAUAACAAAAGCUCCGAAAAAGAUGACACCCUGGACGUCCCUAGGUGUAUUACCGAUCCCAACAGCAGCUACAUCUACGAAAAAUUUCUUCAGGUGGAAAACUCGGAGGAUGUGAAGGCAUACACAGUCGGACCAAACUACUGUCAUGCCGAGACGCGCAAAUCGCCCGUUGUCGAUGGGUUGGUUAAGAGAAACCCGAGUGGCAAAGAAGUCCGCUACGUGACAAAACUCAACGAGAGCGAACGCAUCAUGGCAGCAAAAAUCUCCAACGGAUUCGGUCAGCGCGUGUGCGGUUUCGAUCUUCUACGAACUGGAGGUCGCAGCUAUGUCAUCGACGUCAAUGGUUGGAGUUUUGUCAAAGACAACCCAGACUACUACGAGAGUGCGUCCAGGAUUCUCAAGGAAUUGUUUCUCGACGAGAUUUUGCGCAAGGAACGGAAAAACGUGCAACAAGCCGCUGCUGAAGCCCAAGACGAGUCCGUUUCCAGGAAGAAAGGUUUCAAGGAUAUGUUGAAGUCUCCUAGUAUGUCAAAGUUGAAGGACUUCAAGGAUCAACACCACCUCCCCCACAAACGUCAUUCGACCACCAUGCCUUCUUCUCCCGAGGCCUCCCUGAGCACCACGCCCACAGCAUCGUCCCCGAGCAUUGAAAAAUCUCAACAUGCUUUGCUUACUUCCGCCCCAGGUGCACUCAAAUCAGAGUCGGACCUACUUCCUCCACCUUUGAUCAACGACAAAGAUGUCGAAGCCGAAGCCGAAGAGUCUCAAUCUGAGGAACAGCUCAAUAUUCCACCUCCAGCAUCUAAAGCUCAGUGGAAAUUAAAAGGUGUUGUGUCGGUCGUUCGCCAUGCGGAUCGCACUCCGAAACAAAAGUUCAAAUACACGUUCCAUACCAAACCAUUCGUUGAUUUGCUCAAAGGACACCAGGAAGAGGUCUUAUUGGUAGGCGAAGCUGCACUGCAAAGUGUGAGCGAAGCUGUCAAACUAGCCAUAGAAGAGGGCGUAGAAGACUCCAAGAAGCUACGCGAACUGCAGAUUUACUUGAACAAAAAGGGAGCCUGGCCUGGUACCAAGGUCCAGAUCAAGCCGAUGUUUCGGAAGAGGAGAAAGGAAGAACUGGCCCCCGGUGAUCUGGCUGAGCGUUCACCAGAACGUCAACGAUCAGGAUCUCUAGAUUCUAGCGAUCUUCUAGAUCCCACCGCCAAACGAAGUGAUUCCAUGUCUGGUGUUACCCUCUCCCGCAUUACGGCAGCCGAAAACAACCUCAUACUGGACAAGUUACAACUCAUUAUCAAAUGGGGAGGCGAGCCCACCCAUUCCGCACGGCAUCAGACGCAAGACUUGGGCACUAAUUUCCGGAAUGACCUUUUGCUGAUGAACCGAGAUGUCCUUGAUGAUGUGUCCAUCUUCAGCAGCUCCGAGAGACGUGUCACCACGAGCGCCCAGAUAUUCGCUGCCGCAUUCGUAGACAAGGAUCAAUUCCCCGCCGAGAAUAUUCAGGUCCGCAAAGAUCUUCUUGAUGACUCCAAUGCUGCGAAGGAUGUCAUGGACAAGGUCAAGAAAAAGCUUAAGACGCUUCUUCGAGCCGGAGACAAGGCACCUCCCCAGUUUGCAUGGCCGAAGGAUGCCGCAGAACCCUAUAUUGUUGCCAGGCAGGUUGUGGAACUGAUGAAGUUCCAUCAACGCGUUAUGAAUCACAACUUCAAAAAGCUGGAAUCAGGUGCCGUGUCCUCCCUUACGGCCGUGGUAAACCCUCCCGCAGAUGGCCCUGCACAAGGCGCGCUGGCCAAUGUCACCAACAUCAACCAAAUUCAGUCUAGGUGGUGCUGUAACGAGGGCCCUGAGCUCUUCAAAGAACGCUGGGAGAAGCUUUUCAAAGAGUUUAGAGAUGCCGACAAGGUCGAUCCUAGCAAGAUUUCGGAGCUUUAUGACACCAUGAAGUUCGAUGCUCUACAUAACCGACAGUUUCUGGAAUGGAUCUUCAUCCCGGACUCUUCCUUCUUGGACGAAAACUCGGUCGCAGACGGAUCGAAGCCGCAAACAUCUGCAGACAGCCAGCCCAAGGCUUCGGGUUCAUCUUCCGAGAACCUGUCGAGGUCAGAUUCGAAAGAAAGCCAUCCAGAGAAACCAGAGCGGGGCAACAUUGCUCAUAGAAUGGGCUUCAGACGCAAGUCUGAAGUCAUCAGCAAGGUUGUGGCGGCUCCCACUUUCCAACAUGAGUCGUAUUUCAAACUUCACGGUAGCAACGGGGGCGCAACAAAAGCACAGGUCGAUGCACGCCUAGUCAAACUCCGAGAGAUGUACCAUCUGUGCAAGGUCUUGUUUGACUACAUUGGCCCUCAAGAAUAUGGAAUUGACAACGAAGAAAAACUGGAGAUUGGUCUGCUUACUUCCCUGCCUCUUUUGAAAGAGAUUGUGGAAGACCUGGAAGAGCUCCAGGCUUCGGAGCAUCCAAAAUGCUUCUUCUACUUCACCAAAGAAUCGCACAUAUACACGCUUCUGAACUGCAUAUUGGAGGGCGAUAUCAAGACCAAGAUUGCCCGCAACGCCAUCCCAGAGCUGGAUUACUUGUCGCAGAUUGGCUUCGAACUAUACGAAUCGGAGAAUAGCACCACAGAUGAAUCACCAAACACUUUCAAUUACAGUAUUCGCAUCACGCUGUCACCCGGGUGUCACACAUUUGCGCCUCUCGACGUGCAACUUGACUCUCGACACAUGAUCGGCUUCGCACCACGACGCAGUCUUACCGCACAUCACGACUGGAAAGAGAUUCUGGAGACUCUUCGUGCCAAGUUCCAUACUGUCAAACUCCCAAAGAGCUUUGUCGCCAUCAACCUCAGUGAAAAGGUUCCCGACGCGUUUGGCGAACGCAGGGGCAACGGUAAUGGGAAUGGUAGUGGGAAUGGGAAUGGGAACGGUAAUGGCAAAGGCAAAGAAGCUGCGAAAUUCGAAUCCCACGGCGAUGAGCUGGAAGCCCCUCUUCCACCGCCCGCACUAGAUGAAUAG